UCUUGCUCCAUAGGGAUUCAUUCAACAUCGUCCCUCCCUCUUCACAUUUGCUUCUUCCCUCUCCUGUUCCUUCUUCCGUCAAUCGUCCUUUUCUCUUCUACUUCCGUUCGAACUUUCCGACUGAUCGCGGCGAAUUAGGGCGUCGCCGGUUUAAAAAUGCCCCUAUUUCUCUCCGACGAGGAGUUCUUCCAUUGCUCCAAUGACGCUGCCGCGGUGGCCGAGAAGGCCGACGUAUUCAUCCGCAGCCUUCUCAACGAGCUCGAGACUGUGAAGGCCAAGGCUGAUGCUUCUGACAUUAACGCCGAGCAGAACUGUUCUCUCAUAGAGCAGAAGUACCUCUCUCUUACUGCUGAAUUCUCAAAGCUCGAGUCCCAUGUUGAUGAACUCCAAGCAACCCUGGAUCAACGUCUCGCUGAACUCGCCGAAGUUCAAACUCAGAAGGAGAAAAUUAAUUUGCAAUCUAUUGAGAAAGACCGGGAGAUAGAGAGGUUGAGGACAGAGGUGAGUGAGCUGCAUAAAUCGAAAAGGCAGUUAAUUGAGUUGAAUGAGCAAAAGGAUUUGCAGCUUAGCGAGAAGAAUGCCGCCAUCACGACCUAUCUCGAUAAGAUUGUCAACUUGUCUGAAAAUGCUGCUCAGAAGGAGGCUCAUUUGAGUGAACUGGAGGCAGAGUUGGCCCGAUGCCGUGCUCAAUGCACUCGUCUUUCACAGGAGAAAGAGAUUGUUGAGAGACAAAAUGCUUGGCUGAAUGAUGAGUUGACUACUAAGGUUAAUAGUUCCUUUGAGAUGCGCAGAAAAUAUGCUGAGUUGGAGGCUGAGAUGGCUUCUAAGCUUGCGGAUGUAGAGAGGCAAUUGAGUGAAUGCUCUAAAUCACUACAAUGGAACAAGGAUAGAGUGAGGGAGUUAGACGUGAAACUUAAAUCUACUCAUGAGGAGUUAGUUUCAGCUAAAGAUGCUGCUGCAGCUAAUGAACAGAAAUUGUACAAUGAGCUCUCGACUGUUAAUAAGCUUAAUGAACUAUAUAAAGAAAGUUCUGAGGAAUGGUCCAGAAAGGCAACAGAGCUUGAGGGUGUGAUCAAAGCAAUGGAGUCUCAUCUGAAGCAAAUUGAAGAUGAUUAUAAAGAGAAACUUGAGAAGGAAUCUACUGCUCGAAAACAGUUUGAAAAGGAGGCUGCUGAAUUGAAAGCAAAGCUCGAGGCAAGUGAGGCUGAAAUUGAACGAAGUAAGAAAAAUGGGCAGAAUCUUCUUCCGCAGAGUGGUUUCAACCCUGAACUGUGGUUGGUAUCAAAUGAAGCCAGUGACUUAGUUGAGGAAAGUAACAUGCUUGUCCCUAAAAUUCCUGCUGGUGUUUCUGGAACAGCCUUAGCUGCUUCCCUUCUGCGUGAUGGAUGGAGUUUGGGGAGAAUGUAUGCAAAAUACCAAGAAGCUGUUGAUGCUCUGCGACAUGAGCAACUUGGCAGGAAGGAAUCUGAGGCAAUUUUGCAAAGGGUUCUGUAUGAGUUAGAGGAGAAAGCAGAAGCCAUUAUAGAUGAAAGGGUUGAACAUGAAAAGAUGGUUGAGGCAUACUCUUUGAUGAACCAAAAAUUGCAAAACUCUGUUACCGAGAAGGCAAUCUUAGAGAAAACUAUCCAGGAACUGAAGGCUGACCUCAGAAGGCAUGAACGGGAUUAUAAUUUAGCUCAGAAAGAGAUUACUGACCUUCAAAAACAGGUGACAGUUCUCUUGAAGGAAUGCCGAGAUAUACAACUUCGUUGUGGAUCAGUUGGGUUUGAUGCUAUUGAUGAUGCUGCAAAAGGUCUUUCAAGAACACAUACAGAGACUGACGCUGAAAAAGUUAUCUCAGAGAACCUUUUGACCUUCAAGGACAUAAAUGGGCUGGUUGAGCAGAAUGCACAACUUAGAAGCCUUGCAAGAAGUCUCUCUAGCCAGAUAGAAAAUAAGGAGUUGGAGUUUGAGGAGAAGCUUGAUCUGGAGCUCAGAAAACAUACCGAGGAAGCAUCUAAUAAAGUAACAGCUGUCCUGCAGAGAGCAGAAGAGCAAGGGCGCAUGAUUGAAUCACUUCAUGCAUCUGUUGCAAUGUACAAGAGGUUGUAUGAAGAGGAACAUAGUCUUCAUUUGUCUCAUUCAAUUCCUUCUGAAGCUCCUACAGAUGGAGGAAGAAACAGCCUUAAAGCAAUUAUUGAAAGCUCACAGGAAGCUGCUAAAAAGUCCCUUGAAAAGGCUAUGGAACGUGUAAGGUGCCUUGAGGAUGAUCUAGCACAAUCUAGGAGUGAGAAUAUUGUACUACGAUCUGAAUGUGACAAGUCGGCACUUGAAGCAAAUUUUGCUAGGGAGAGGCUUGAUAGCUUCUUAAAAGAAUUUGAACACCAGAAAGCUGAAACCAAUGGCAUAUUAGCAAGAAAUGUGGAGUUUUCUCAAAUAAUUGUAGACUACCAACAGAAAUUGCGUGAAAGUUCUGAGUCGCUGAAUGCUGCCGAGGAGCACUCUAGAAAGCUGUCUAUGGAGUUGUCUGUUUUGAAGAAUGAAAAGGAAAUUAUAUUAAAUGCUGAAAAAAGAGCAUCUGAUGAGGUUCGCAGUUUAUCUGAGAGGGUGCAGUGUCUUCAGGCUAGUUUGGGUACCAUACAGAGUGCUGAGGAAAUCCGAGAGGAGGCAAGAGCUGCAGAGAGGAGAAAACAAGAAGAAUAUAUACAAAAAUUGGAGAGGGAAUGGGCUGAGGCCAAGAAAGAGUUGCAAGAAGAACGGGAAAGUGCGCGGACACUCACACGAGACCGUGACCAGACAUUAAAAAAUGCUAUGAGACAGGUUGAAGAGAUGGGCAAGGAGUUAGCUGGUGCAUUGCGUGCCAGUGCAUCAGCUGAGUCUAGGGCUGCUGUUGCAGAGGCAAAACUCUCCAGUCUUCAGAGAAAAUUGAGUUCCAUUGAUGACCAGCAUGUCGAAAUGGAUGGAAUGAGUGGGUCUGGCACUAUGUCUAAUGAUGAGAUUGUUGCUGAAUUGCAUGCUGCAAAACAGGAGAUUGAAAAAUGGAAAGAGGAAGCACAGGCUAAUAAAUCUCACAUGCUGCAGUAUAAGAGCAUUGCUGAGGUAAAUGAAGAUGCUCUGAAGCAGAUUGAAGUUGUGCAUGAGAACUUCAAGAUUGAGGCUGACAGUGCAAAAAAAGCCCUAGAGGCUGAACUUGGUUCCCUGAGAGAGAAGGUUUCAGAGCUUGAAAAUGAAUCUAGCUUGAAAUCUGAAGAAGUGGCAUCCGCAGCUGCGGGAAAGGAAGAGGCUCUGACAUCUGCAAUGGCUGAAAUCACAAAUCUAAAACAAGAAAUUUUAGCUAAAUCUUCGGAAAUUUCAGCAAUGGAAAUUCAGAUCUCUGGCUUAAAAGAAGACUUAGACAAGGAGCAUCAAAGAUGGCGUGCAGCUCAAACCAAUUAUGAAAGACAGGUUAUCCUUCAAUCUGAGACAAUUCAAGAGUUGACAAAAACUUCACAAGCACUAGCUGCUCUGCAAGAGGAGGCAGCAGAAUUACAUAAAUUGGCCAAUGCUAUGAAAAUUGAAAACAAUGAACUAAAGGUCAAGUGGGAAGAGGAGAAGGCAGUGCUAGAGAAGGCUAAGAAUGACUCGGAGAAGAAGUACAAUGAAAUCAAUGAACAGAAUAAAAUACUGCAUAGCCGACUGGAAGCUUUGCAUAUCCAAUGGGCUGAGAAAGAACGUAAUAUUGCUGGUAUUUCCUCAAGUACUAGUGCAGAUACAAUAUGUGAUGCUGGUCUACAAAAUGUGAUUAGCUAUCUUCGACGCUCAAAAGAAAUUGCAGAAACAGAAAUUUCCUUAUUAAAACAGGAAAAACUGCGAUUACACUCCCAGCUUGACAGUGCUCUGAAGGCAGCAGACUCUGCACAUGCAUCACUAGAAGCUGAACGUGCUAAAUCAAAAUCAUUGUUGUUCAGUGAAGAAGAGUUCAAAUCAUUGCAGCUUCAGGUUAGAGAACUUAACUUACUUCGCGAGAGCAACAUGCAGCUUAGGGAAGAAAAUAAGCACAAUUUUGAGGACUGCCAGAAAUUGCGUGAAAUAGCACAAAAGGCAAGAGCUGAGACACAGAAUGUAGAGACUCUACUGAAGGAGAAAGAGACUGAGUUAGAAGGAUGUAAGCAUGCAAUUGAAACAAUUAAGAUGGAAAAGAACAAUCUAGAUUACAAGGUUUCUGAGCUGCUUGAAAGGUGUAAAAAUAUUGAUGUGGAAGAGUAUGAUCGAAUGAAGAAUCUUGUGAGGGAUAUGCAGGAUAAACUAAGAGAGAAGGAUGCACAGGCAGAGGAAAUGGGGAAAAUUCUUGUGGAAAAACAUGAUUUAAUUUCACACCUGGAGCAGGAUCUUUCUAAGUGCAGGUUGGAGCUGGAAGAGAGAGAAAAGAGGAUAAAUGAUGUUUUGCAAGUUGAGGCUUCCCUAAAGCUGGAUUUGGAAAGACACAAGAAAAUGCUGGCUCAAUUCAAGAAGAGGAACGAUAGUUUGUCUAGGGAAAAGGAGGAUCUAGGGAAAGAAAAUCAACAACUUUCUAAGCAGCUAGAAGAAAUCAAGCAAGGGAAGAGGUCAAUCAGUGAUGUAACUGGUGAGCAGGCCAUGAAAGAGGAAAAGGACACCAGAAUACAGAUUUUGGAGAAACAUCUGGAGAGACUGAGAGAUGAAUUGAAAAAGGAAAAGGAAGAGAAUCGAUUGGAGAAAGGAAAACGACUGAAGACUGAAAAAGCCAUAAAAGACUCCUACAGCAAUGUUGAACAGGAGAAAACGAAGUUUAUAAAUGAAAUUGAGAGGCAUAAGGAGGCAGUGAAACGGUUAUCAGAUGAAAUUGAGAAGCUUAGGGUUAUAACAGGGAACCUUCCCGAGGGAACCAAUGUGGCUCAACUUCUUUCUGGGUCCAACACAGACGAGCUUGCUUCUCCUUAUAUAUCAGCUGUUGAAAACUUUGAAAAAGAAGCUCAGUCUGUGUUUUCAGAGCUUGGAGGUCGUGUUAAUCAAGGUGAUGCAACUUUAAUUGCUGAUACUUCGGGCAGUGCUGCAGGUCCUCUGGUCCCCAUCCAAUCCCCUGGCAUUAUCUCAAACGCCCCUGGAGCAAGCAGUUUACCACCUAAAGCGACUGAAGAAAGUAAGAAAAAACCUGUUUUACCUAAAGCUAAUGUUGAACCCCGUAAAACAGGAAGAAGGUUGGUCAGGCCUCGUCUGGGAAAACCUGAGGAGCCACAAGGUGACCGAGAAAUGUCAGAGGCUGAAGGAUCUCAAAUUGCAAGCAAGCCUGGGUCUUCAGUUGACACAGACACUCAAAGCAGUCUUUCUCAAUUACCUCAAUCAAUGGCUCGUAAACGUGUUGCUCCUACCUCCACCUCCGAGUUACAUGAUGAAUCAGUUGCACCUGGCGAGACUAGCUCAGAUGCCGGUGCACUCUCUGUGAAGAAAUCAAAGGGUUCAGAUUCCCCACAGGAAAGUGCUGAAGGACAACCUGCUGCAACUCCAGAACAUCCUGGCGGUCAACCACUCGCUGUAGAGUCAUUUGAGGGUGGUGAGUUACUUCAAGGUCAAAAUGAAGAAGCCGUUGAAGCUCAGAAUGAAGAAGGCGAGGUUAUUGUUGAGAAAGUUGAGUCCAAAGAUCCGCAGAAUGUAGAUAGUGCGAUUCAGGAAGAAUCACAAGGGGACAAAAACAGCAUUUUAGAGGAGAAUUUGGAUCAAACGGUUGAGUCAAAAGUGACUUCUGAUGAUAUGCAGAGAGAUCAGGGGGAGCCAGACAACCAGCAAUCAGCAAUGGAAAUUGAGAGUGAGAAAGAAGAGGGAGAAUUGUUACCAGAGGGUGCAGAUGUUGAGGGUGGUAAUGAUGUAUCUAACCUUGUGGAAAACCAAGAAAUUCGGGAAGGUCACUCCGAGCCAGCUGCAACUCCUGAACCUUCGCAGACCGUGGUUGAUGAUGAAGCGCUCGAAGUAGGUGAGAUCAAUUCUCCCGAGCUUUCGACUGAUGAUAAGAACGAGGAAGGCGAGGUGGCUGAGGAGGCUGCCGAUGGUUCUGAUAAGUCCAAUGAUGCUAAUGACCCAGUUGAGACUGAUCAGGUGGCCGAGCCGGCACCCGCACCUAGCACAGCUGAGGGCACUUCAGCUACCCCUGCUGCAGAAACUGGCUCCUCCAGAGUUAUACCUGCUCCCAAACAAAGCACUGGGCGUUGCUCAGAAACUGAAGAGAUAAAGCAGGCUUCGCCAGUGAGUAGUACUUCAACGACCAUAAAUUAUCAGAGGAGCAGGGAAAGGGCUCAAAUGAGACAAGCUGGGGUGGUUUCUUCAAUAGGAAGAGGCCGGGGAAGAGGAGCUCCCCGAGGUCGAGCCGCCAGAGGUGGUCGCAUUGGCGGGCGUAGACAACCACCUAGUGAUGCUUAACUAGUUUAGCCAAGUCUGGAAUUAGACGGCCAAAUAUUGUGUAACUUCACGUUUUGUCUGUCAAACUAAUUUACAGUGACAUUUUAUUAUUUCUCAUGUAAAUACAUUUUCUUGCCAAUUCUGCGUGUAUUAGCGUGAGCUGAUUUAUAGCUACAAAAUUUACUGUUCCUUAGUGCAAGCCUCAUUGGCUGAAGGAAAUUUUGAUGUACUUCUGCAUAUCACAGAAAGUCGUUGAGAAAAUUUAGCCAGUGAUAUAACAUGAGAAUAACUUUUUGUUUGUUCU